GGCGCGGGCACGCAGGGCGCAGCGGAGCGGAGCGGAGAGGGAGCAGGAACCCGGAGCAGCCGGCCUCAGCCGGAGCGGUGGCCAGCCCCCGCCGGCACCUUGCAGGACCGUCCGCCACGCGCGCCGGGCCGAGCCGCCCCAUGAAGCCGCCCACAGCUCAGGGCAGCCCCGCGGCCGCCGCAGCCGCAGGUGAGUGCGGGGAUCUGGGGUCUCCGAAAGCCCCGGCAGCACGGGUGAGGGGCGACGUGGGACGAGAGAAGAGGGAGCCCGUGCCGUCCCUUUACCCCCCAAUUCUCACCGCCGGGACCCUGAACCCGGGUGGCCCCGCGUUGGCGGGUUCAGUACCCCCCCCAUCCCACCGAGUCUGGGGCCUCAUCCCGACACGUAACCGGAGCACCCUGACUCAGUCUGCCCACCGCCGCCGCCGAUUCGCACGCGCCCCCGGGGGAGUGAGCGUGGGGACAAGUACCCGACACGCUUGGGAAAGUGUUUGGCUGUGUCAGCGGGGUGACCUUUGGACGGCCACUUCACUGGGCUCAGUUUUCUUAUUUGUAGCAUGGGUAUGAUAAUAGAACGCAAUUCAGGGAGUGGUUGAGAUGAAAACAUAACCGGCGGCUACAGCGUGGCUGUUUCUUGGCCGACGCAUAGUAAAUGUCAGUAAUCCUGGCAAUGGUGGCGGCCCCCUCCGCUUCCCCUUAUCUGAGCCCACCGUCCCGGUCCCCAGCCCCGGCCUUGGACUCGGCGGCCGCCGCGGACCUCACAGACGCACUCUGCGAGUUUGACGCGGUGCUGGCUGACUUCGCGUCGCCCUUCCACGAGCGCCACUUCCACUACGAGGAGCACCUGGAGCGCAUGAAGCGGCGCAGCAGCGCCAGCGUCAGCGACAGCAGCGGCUUCAGCGACUCCGAGAGUGCAGAUUCGCUCUACAGGAACAGCUUCAGCUUCAGUGACGAGAAGCUGAAUUCUCCGACAGACUCUGGCCCAGCCCUGCUCUCUCCCUCUGUCACUCCUCGGAAAGCCAAACUAGGAGACACAAAAGAAUUAGAAGACUUUAUUGCUGAUCUUGACAGAACAUUAGCAAGUAUGUGAACCGAGGAAAAGUUUUGGGUCCUUUUUCUCAGAAGGGAGAUGCUUCAGAAAGCUCUGAGGACCUGGUCAAAUCAGCUACAAGAAUCUGCUGCCAGGAAGGGCAGAGAGGAGGCUCACCUUCCUACCACUAGCUGUCUCAGACCCACCUGCCUUCAGGCUCAUCUCUGCGCAAUUUGUACAGUGAAACCGACUCUGUUUA